AUGGACACUGACAAAGAUGGGCUCCCAGGGCCGCUCUUCUCCAUGCAGGGCUGGGGGACCCAGCUGAGCGCUGGUGGCUCAGGGCUCCCUCCCUGUCCCCCUGAACACCUACAGGUCCGUCGGUGGCUAAGCCCCUUCCUCCUUACUUGCUCCAUCUACUUCCUGCUAUGGAUUCCUGAGGACCAGCCGUCCUGGCUCGGCGCCCUGAUCAAGUGCCUGCCCGUGCUGUGCCUGGCGGUGUUCCUGUGGGCCGUGUCCCCAGUGGGGAGCUAUGCACACCUCCUCCAGGUAGCCCUCCUGUGCUCAGCCCUGGGGGACACUUUCCUCAUUUGGCAUGAGACCUUCCUCUAUGGCAUGGCCGCCUUCGCAGUGGCCCACCUGUUCUACUUGGCGGCCUUCGGCGUGUCCCCACUGCGGCCAGGCCUGCUUCUGGCUGUGGUGCCCGUCUUUGUCGUGUUCAGCGGCGUCCUGCUGCUGCACCUGGAGGAGGACAUGGUCCUGCCCGUGGUGGCCUACGGGCUCAUCCUGAGCGCCAUGGUGUGGCGUGGCCUGGCGCGGGGUGGCAGCGCUGGCUGGGGGGCAGUGCUCUUUGCGCUCUCAGAUGGUGUGCUGGCCUGGGACAACUUUGUCCAGCCUUUGUCUAACGCCCGUCUGCUGACCAUGGCCACCUACUACGCAGCCCAGACCCUCAUCGCCCUGUCAGCCCUCAAGAACCCAGGGCUCAAGACCAACUAAGGGAGCGCAUGCCAGGCAGGCCAGGCCAGCGUCCACUGCCCCUGCCCCAUCCUAGGUUAGCCCUGCCUACGGAAUGCCCCCUGCAGCUAAGCUUAGCAGGAUAUCUCAGGCUGGCACAGGGUACUGGGCAUCCAGCUCCUGUCCCUCAGAUCUAAUACAGGAAUCCAGGCUGUUCACUGGGCUUGCAUUCAACCUCCGUGGCUGCCUGGCUGUUCAUGCGUUCCCAGCAGACUCCCCGCCCCCAUCUGCUAGCCUCCAUCCCCACCACCCUAAACCUAUUUUUUCCAGUGCUCUAAGUAAAGUGGGUGUUGAACUGUUGCGUCUGUUUUUCCAGGAGGAAUGCCAGGGGAGGCGGGAGGGCCAUGAUCCAGAGUGGACAUCCACAGAAGGCCCAGCGAGUCCUCCUGGGGGCCCCUGGGACAGAG